UAUUUGUCUUUGGCGUUUGUUGACAUUUUUAAUUUGAAUUUUGAGAUUACUUUGGAUUGAAAUGAAGAGUUUUUCUGUUGUAAAUUACUACCGAAAAAUUCUGAAAAAUGUGCACACACGUAACUACUGCAGUAUCGUAAAGGACAAAGACAAAAGUGGCAUCGAUAAAAUUCGAAAUAUCGGCAUAUUAGCACACAUAGAUGCAGGUAAAACAACAACUACGGAGCGUAUGCUCUUUUACUCUGGCACUAUCCGCUCUAUGGGAGAAGUCCACCAUGGGAACACUGUCACAGAUUACAUGGAGCAGGAGAGACAGAGAGGAAUCACUAUCACUUCUGCAGCAGUGUCAUUUCCAUGGCAAGGCCACCAGAUCAACCUGAUAGAUACUCCAGGUCACAUUGACUUCACCAUGGAAGUGGAGCAGAGUCUCGCUGUACUAGACGGUGCUGUGGUUGUGCUGGAUGGAUCCGCUGGUGUUGAAGCCCAAACACUGACGGUAUGGCGCCAGGCGGAUGGUUACAAGGUGCCCCGUGUCCUGUACCUCAACAAGAUGGACCGCAGCGAUGCGGACGCGCAUGCGUGCGUGCGCUCCGUGGAAGACAAGCUACGCGUCACGCCGCUGCUGCUGCACGAGCCGGUGCAUUAUGAGGGCAAGCUCAUUGGUAUCAUAGACUUAAUAACACUGGAAGAAAUCAUCUGGACGAAAGGUCGAGGACAGUAUUACACUAAACGCAAACUUACAGAAAAAGCAGAUGGAAAAAAAUGGGAAACCUCACUAGGGGAUCACAGAAAAAUCAUAGACACACUAUCCUCUCUAGACGAUAGACUGGCGGACAAAAUUAUACAGCAAGAAUCUUUGGAUAACUUAGAUCAUACAGAAAUCGUGCAAGCUAUAAGACGUUGUACUAAAAACAUGAGUUUGUUCCCCAUUUUGUGUGGUAGUUCGUACAAAAACAUUGGGGUUCAAACUUUGAUUGAUGGAAUUAUUUCCUACCUACCCUCACCUUUGGAUAGGAGGGGCGUUCACGAGGGCUUCGGCACUGAUCUGUCUGCUAGGGCUUUUAAGGUCCAGCAUGAUGAUCAGAGAGGUGUACUGACCUUUCUGAGACUGUAUAGUGGAGAGUUGACCAAGGGACAGAAGAUAUAUAAUCUGGCGAGAGAUAAGAGUGAGCAGACAGGGCUGCUGUACGUGGCGCUGGCAGACGACUACCAGCCUGUAGACAAAGUCACCAGCGGGAACAUUGCCGUCGUCAGCGCACUCAAGGCUACCAUGUCUGGUGACCUUAUAACCUCGAACCAAGCAGCUGCCAACCGAGCUAAAGAGAAGCUCACCACGAUGCUCAAAGAUCAAGCUCUAUGCGAGGAGCUGGUCUUCCCCAGCGCCAGGCACCGACUCCAGGCUUUGGACUCCGAUCCCACUUCUGAUGAAAUCGCUGAUGUCCUUCUGGGUAUUGGGAACACGGUACCAGACCCAGUGUUCCUCUGCUCCAUCGAGCCCCCGAGUGCUGCGUACCAGAACGCACUGGAGACGGCGCUGGAGCAGCUGCAGCGCGAAGACCCCAGCCUGCGCGUCUCCACUGAUGAGGACACUGGGCAGAUGGUGCUAGCUGGUAUGGGCGAACUGCACUUGGAGAUCAUAAAGGAGCGCAUCAUACGCGAGUACAAGAUCGACGUGGAGCUGGGCGCGCCGCAGAUCUCUUACAAGGAGAGCCUGGUGGGUUCGGCCAAGCACUCCGCCACCAUCGACCGCAAGAUCGGCAGCGCCAAGCAGAUGGCCAAGGUCGUCAUGUCCGCUAGAACCGUCAAGGGCGUCGCUCAGGAUAAAGUCCUCAAGUUGGAUAAAACAGCGGAGAGCGCCGCUAACCUGGCGCAUAUACACCCGCGGUACAAGCAGGCCAUCCGCCGGGGAGUGGACACCGCGCUGCUGCACGGACCCAAGCUGGGCUGUCCGUUGGUGGACGUGCAAGUGACGCUGCACUGGUUCGAGGUGGGCCGCGGCACUUCCGAGUCAGUGGUCACCGCCGCCGUCACGCAGUGUCUGCGCAAGGUGUGGGAGGAGGCGGAGUCAGUGCUGCUGGAGCCAGUGAUGUCCCUCCAGCUGGUGUGCCCCGAGUCGCACUCGUCGCGCCUCAUGACGGACCUGGCGCGGCGCCGCGCCGACAUGCAGCACGUGCACUUGCGGCACAAGAACAAGGUGAUAGAUUGCCUGGUGCCGCUGUCCGAGCUGCUGGGCUACUCGUCCACCCUGCGCAGCCUCAGCUCGGGGCUGGCCAGCUUCAGCAUGGAGUUCCACUCCAACCGGCAGAUGUCUCCGCACGAGGAGGAGCAGGCCAUCCGCACUGUCACCGGCUUUUAGAUACCACCAACCAACGGUAUGAAAUGAACGACUUAUACUGUACAGUGAAUAUGUGACAUAUGAAAGCAUUUUGACAGGUUAGGUCCCCGAUAUCUGACGUCACCCAGAUUGCGUGACGUCAGUUAUAGGGGAUUUCUGACGUCAUUUAAUGCGAUUAUAUAAACUGACUUAUUAGAAUCGAGGUAUCAUAGUUGUAAUCGUGUUCGUAAUUAAAGAACUCCGUAAAAAUACCUUUUUGUGCAGUUGAAUGGUGUAAAAAACGGCCAAAAACUUCUAAUUUAGUUUAUGAUAUGGGCAUUUUAACUCCCGAUCUCGGGGGCGGACUGAUACACUCAGGCCAAAACACCCUUCCCGAACGGCCCUCUAAGCCGAGGUCCGAGUCUCAGGGGAGACCCCUUUACAGUCGUUCCGCCCAUCUACUCUGCUUCUGCCUUCGGACCCCAUUAGGCGAUGCUUCUGCGCUCGGUGACGCCGUUGAGGUCCCAUAAGGGGUACAUACACUAUGUAAAAAAAAAACUUUGACAUGAGUGUUUCGCAUGCCCUGUUAAAUUUUCUCUGUUAUCUUAUUAUAUAAAUGCGAAAGGUCAUUCAUAACAAAAUCUCGAAAACAUUUACGUACAAAGCUGAAAUUUGAUAGGAGAUUUUGCGAUAAGGCCGGAUUAAAGAGGACUAAGAGUAUGUUUCCAUGGCUUUUAUGAUUAAAAUUCAUAGAACCCUUAUGUCCAGCUAAUCAUGGAUUCUUCCUACCUGGUUCUAUGUAUACUCUGGAGUACAAUUUUAAAUAACCGGUAGUAGAAUCUUUACAAAUAGCUUUUACAAGUAAUUGUAUACUUCGUAUAAGGUGUGCUAAAUGCAUACCUUAUACGAAGUUAUUACGAAGUUUACAGUUAGUGAUAUUUUAUUAUUUAAAUUGUAAAUAAAACAUAUGCAAAUUGGUUAAUGUAUUUAUUUGUAAAUGUUAG